UUUCCUUAUUGAGGUGUCAGCAACGCUCCUCCAGCAAUUAGACGGUGACCAAAUUACAGGUGUGGUCGGGAAACGAGGCUCAUCCUAAUUGUGUAACUCGACGCGCUGCAGACGCUUCCUACUGACAGGACAGAAAAUCCCAUCAGCAUGUUUUCUGCUACACAACCUGCGUGUGGUUCUGAAAGAUCUUAUCUUGCUCAAACGUCCAACUGUCACAACCCGAAGCAGCAGCAAGGGAAAAACUCAUUUGGUCCUUCUGUGGAGCCAAAAAUGCUGAUUGAGAGGUACAAGCGCGGUGAGGUGCACGCUGUGUCCUUGCUGCAUAUGCUGGCCCAGUCUUACCAGUUCCACCUGGAGUUCAAGGAAACGGUGACCACAGGGAACACAACAAGGCUGUUAUUUGCCUUUUGCGUGCUGAUUGAUGGCGUUCAGUACAAAACUGGCAUGGGACCAGCAAAGAAGGAGGCCCGGCUCAAAGCCGCAGAGUAUGCCCUUCAGGAUCUGCUGCCUACUUUGGAAAAAGAGAAGUUCGACCUCCCUAAGGUGUCAGCUUUCCCACCACUCUUAUCAGUCAAAGAGGAGUUUUUGAAAACUGAUAUCCAAUCCAGUAGAUUUAUUCGAGAAAGGAAGAGUCCUACUAACCUGCAGAUACCAAACACUGUCAAGGAUCAGCUGAACAUGUUGAUGAAUAGCCACCCUCAGUUCUGUGCCUGCGCAGCCACCGUCGCAGCGUUCGUCAUUCAGACCUCCAGUAGAUGUGAGGUGGUUGCUGUCGGCAGUGGCAACUACAACGUCAGGGAGAGCUUGUCAACAAAUGGACGUGUUGUGCACGACUCCCAUGCGGUGGUUACUGCAAGGAGAUCACUUAUGAGAUUUUUCUACCAGCACCUGCUGCUGUUCUACAGCAAAACAGCGCAUGUGACCGAAAUGUCCAUCUUCCAGCACAACAAGGGCGGCCUCCUCAGCUUGAAGAGUGGCAUCACGAUGCACCUUUAUGUCAACCAGCUGCCAAAGGGAGCCACGGAGAUCCCCUUAAACCUGUCCCUGAACCCGCUUUCCAUUUCCGCAUGGCAGAUGAAUAACGAGCUCGGCCUGCACCUGUUAGUAGAGGGCAAGGUGUUCCCAGUUCUCACCUUCGAGCACUCGAGCCCCAAGAUGGUCAGCAUGUCGGCCGCAGACAAGCUCGCCCAGUGGCAAGUGUUGGGCUACCAGGGAGCCUUGCUGAGCCACUUCAUCGAGCCCGUCUACGUCCACAGCAUCUUUAUCGGUGACAUGGGGCACGGGGACACUGUUGGCAUCGAGAGGGCCGUGAUCCAUCGCACGGAGACCAUCACCUCCCAGUUGCCCAUGUUCUACUGCAUGGUGAGGCCUCACAUCAGCAUGGUGCCGCCCGUGGCCAGUGGCGGCAAUGGCGACGACCAGGUGACCUCCAGUCUCAACUGGUGCGAAGGCGACAGCUCUGUGGAAGUGGUGGAUGGUCUGACUGGCAGGACCAUAGAUGAGUCUCCCUUCAAGAGUGGCUCAGCUCUGGCCAGCCGCCUGUGCAAAGCCGCAAUGCUUCACCGCUUCAAGGUGGUAGCCAAAGCGGCCCAGAGGCAGGAGCUGCUGGCCACAAGUUCAUACAGAGAAGCCAAGAGGAUGUCCAAGCCGUACCAGGAGGCCAAGAAUGUGCUAAGAGCGUUCCUGUUGCAGCAAGGCUACGGUCCUUGGCCAGACAAGCUUCUCGUCAGUGACACUUUCAACAUGUAAAUGUAUGAUUGUUCAUCCCUGUCCAUGUUGUCAAAGACUAAUAUUCUAAAGAAAGGAAUACAGUUAUGAUAAAUACUGGAUGUACAAGUUUUGUAACAUUUCAUAGUUUCUCAGUUACGUAGCUUUUUCAUUUAACUUACUGCAUGUACAGUAUUUAUUGUUCAUGUUUCACGGUGGCUGAGGGGUUAGUGCGUCUGCCUCACAAUACGAAGGUCCUGAGUAGUCCUAAAUUCAAUCCCGGGCUCGGGAUCUUACUGUGUGGAGUUUGUAUGUUCUCCCCGUGACUGCGUGGGUUCCCUCCAGGUACUCCGGCUUCCUCCCACCGCCAAAAACAUGCACCUGGGGAUAGGUUGAUUGGCAACACUAAAUUGGCCCUAGUGUGUGAAUGUGAGUGUGCAUCUGUGUUGGCCCUGCGAUGAGGUGGCGACUUGUCCAGGGUGUACACCGCCUUCCGCCCGAAUGCAGCUGAGAUAGGCUCCAGCACCCCCCGUGACCCCAAAAGGGACAAGCGGUAGAAAAUGGAUGGAUGGAUGUUUGAAUCAGUACUUCCCAAGUGUGUCGGAAAUGACCAGGUUGAGUUCAUGACUUCUUUGUAUUGUACUUACUUUCCACAGUAAAACCAUCCAAACUGAAACAUUUUGAGUUUGGUCUUUAGGUUCCGCCAUGAGCUGGUCGCAUACAGUAAAUUCCGUAAUCUAGGAAAAGCUCAAAAGUGCUGCUCUAAAGGCUGUAAAAAAAAAAACUCAAGGUAUGAACUGUACAGUGUACAUGGAUGAAGGUGUGUGUUGCUGAGCCCGACUUGGACAUUAUCUGGACUGGACCUGGUUUUAAAAACCCUUUAAACAAAUCUAAUUUCAUUGACAACCUGGUCUGGUGAAGAUAGGGUCCUUUUUAAAAAAAAUAUAAUAGAAUAAGAUAAAUAAAUAAAAAACAUUUUCUGGAUAAAAAAGAAAGUACCGUAUUUUUCGGAGUAUAAGUCGCUCCGGAGUAUAAGUCGCACCGGCCGGAAAUGCAUAAUAAAGAAGUAAAAAAACAUAUAUAAGUCGCACUGGAGUAUAAGUCGCAUUUUUGGGGGAAAUGUAUUUGAUAAAACCCAACACCAAGAAUAGACAUUUGAAAGGCAAUUUAAAAUAAAUAAAGAAUAGUGAACAACAGGCUGAAUAAGUGUACGUUAUAUGAGGCAUAAAUAAUCAACUGAGAACGUGCCUGGUAUGUUAACAUAUUAACAUAACAUGGUAAGUCAUUCAAAUAACUAAUAUAUAGAACAUGCUAUACGUUUACCAGACAAUCUGUCAUUCCUAAUCGCUAAAUCCGAUGAAAUAUUAUACGUCUAGUCUCUUACGUGAAUGAGCUAAAUAAUAUUUGAUAUUUUACGGUGAUGUGUUAAUAAUUUCACACAUAAGUAGCUCCUGAGUAUAAGUCGCACCCCCGGCCAAACUAUGAAAAAAACUGCGUCUUAUAGUCCGAAAAAUACGGUAAAACAAUAUAAAAACAAUUACAUAAAAAAUAGUAACUAAUGAAAAUGUUAGUGGACCAGCAGCACACACAAUCAUGUGUGCUUCAGGGACUGUGUCCCUUGCAGACUGUAUUGUCUAUUUUGUGGGAACCAGAAUAUUGGUAGCAGAAAGAAACAACCCCUUUUUUGUGAGUGGGUGUGGAUGAGUGUGAAUGGGGGAAGGAGGUUUUUUUGGGUUGAUGCACUAAUUGAAAGUGUAUCUUGUGUUUUUUUAUGUUGAUUUAAUAAUUUUAAAAAAAAGGUAUGAACUGAAAGCUGUCAAUAUCUUCUGCUUCAAAUUGAUGCAGACUUUGGUUUCCUGCCUAUUUACAGUAGUCUGUACAAGAACAGUAUUGACUUUCAUCAGUCCUGUCUGAGGACAUGCUACUUAUACUGCCAAACUCUGCAUUGGCUGGAAGAAGGAAAACCCGUAGGCUUUUGUGGUCCAGGGAUCAACAAUUUGUAUGUACACCUCCUUUUUUACUUUUACUAUAAGCCAGUGUUUUUCAAACAGUGGUGAUGAGGUGCCAGAGGGACCAUAGUAGAAACGUCUUGAGUCAUGCUUGAACAAUACACAAACCUCCAGCUAGGUGGCUGCUGUGUUCCAACUAAUCAGCAGACUGACCAGGAAAUAUGAGGUAGGUAAUACGAAUACAGUGGAACCUCCAUUUACAGACCCUUUGCAAACUUUUCCACUUACAGACUUUAGGAUCGCACAAAUAUGCCCCUUUUGUGCGAACCAUGUCUGCGUACGAACGCUUCAUUCAUUCAUUUUGUGCUUGCUCGUAUUGAAGAGAUUGAGUAAGGCCAGCUUUGUAACAGUUUUUUAUUGUGAUGAGAAUGGAGUUUUCUGGAAAAAAGCGAACUUAUUUCACAGUGUAGGAGAAGACUACCUCUCGUUCAGUGGGGGCUCUUGCGAGAGUGUACGCACACACACGGCCCCACCCUCUUCUACUCUCCCUCUUCUCUGCUCCUUUAUCUCCUCUCGUGAGCUGUGUCUUUGACAAUGAUAAAGUACUGUAAGUGGAUUUUACUUUUUAAAAUGUUUAUUGUAACAAUAUGGUUCAGUCCUGUGAUUUCUGAUUGUUUGUGAGGGCACCAAAGGGACUUCUAUAUGUGUGUGUG